AUGUUGUACAAUACAUAUUUCAACAAGUGGUGUUUAGUAGAAGAAUUAGUAAAGAAGAAAUUUUAUAGUGAAGUUGUCAGUGAUUUCUGUUAUUUGGAUAUCAAGCUAAGGAAGGAAUUGACAUCUUUUUGGCUUGGUAACGAUCCUAUCAAUCAAGAUGAUAUUAAUGGAUUAUCAGCAGAUUACUCUUGUGAUUAUUUUGCACUUUGUCUCUUACUUUUGAUUUUUAAGGAGAAGAAGCAUGAUGACUUUUUAUCCAUGGAUAGUAAAUUAGAAGAUUUGGCAGAUUUACUUGAAAUGAACCCUUCUUUGAUUUAUUUCAAAGAGUUGGAACAAUGUAAUAGUGAAUUCAAUUUCCAAGCAUUUGUUGGAGAGUUUAGUAAGAAGGGAAAAGUGCUUUCACAGACUAGUAAUUCAACAUUGUUAAACUUGUUAUUAAACAAUGAUGACAUUGACCUUUACUCUUACACCAAUGAGAGAUAUGAAUUGGUUCAACCUUUAUUGAUUAUAUCAAGUGCAGAAACUCAGAUGGAAGAACAAGUUGAUGUAUUUAAUGAACCAUUGAUUCUAACAGAAGAUGAUGCACUCACUGAUGAUGAUUCUAUCGAAAUGGCUAGAGCAGAUCAAGAUGGAUACUCAUCCGUUAGUGAAACUCAAAGUAUUGUUUUCCCAUAUGAUGAUUUGCCAUCUCUAAAUGAAGACACGCUUUCCAGUCUUGUAAUCAAACCAGAUGUUAGUGGUUUGAAUUUAAUUGUGGAGUAUGAAAAGAAGGAAUCUGCAAUUAUAGCAGAUGAUGAAAGUAUUGACUUUAAUGAGAAGGAGGAAGAAGAGAUAUUUGACACUUCAAAGGAAACAGUUCUUCUCAUCAAUCGUUACAAUGAGAAUGGUUAUAUUGAAGAGGAAGCUAUCAUAGAACCACCUGUUAAGGAUGUUAUUCAAUUGAAUGAAGAACUUGAAGCCUUUGAAAUGGAGUUAUUCUUUGAAAAGCAAAUGGAUAAAGAUGAUUGUAACAAGUCUGAUGAAGGUCCUCCAAUUUGGUACAAUAUUUGCUUUGGAAAUGCUGAUCAUUGUGAGGAUGAAGAAGAUGAUGAAGAAGAAGAUGUUGAAGAAGAUUCUUCAGAUAGAGGUGGUAUUAGUUCUGAUUCAGAUAAUGAUCAUAAUGUCCAUAGACCUAUUAAGAAAUCCAAAUAUUUCAAAUAA